AUGAUCCUUGCUUUUUCUUUCAAAGAAGCAGCAGUAGCAACACCUACAGUUGGCUGCUCAGAAGUGGAACGGGACGCCCUGCUCGUCUUCAAAGCCAACGUCAAAGAUCCUUCCCACCGUUUGGCCUCGUGGUCUCCACGAAUAGACUGCUGCAAAUGGAGUGGCGUCGUAUGCAGAGGUAGCAAGGACAACAACGCAACUUUGUUCCAAGGUCAGCAUGUCGUGGAGCUCAACCUUGAAAAUCCAAAUGUCGACGGAGAUGAGCAAACUUUCCAUACGGCUCUGCGAGGUGAGAUACUGAGUCCUUCUUUGUUGAACUUGACUCGGUUAGAGCUGUUGGAUCUAAGUGGGAACGACUUCGAAGGCGCUCCAAUCCCACAUUUUAUUGGCUCUUUUCAGAAGCUCAAGUAUCUUGAGCUUUAUGGGUCCAAUUUUUCUGGAGUGAUUCCAUCUCAACUUGGCAAUCUGUCGAGCCUUUAUCAUCUUGGACUGCAGUCAACAAUGGAUGCGAUUCCAAUUGCCCAUCGUUUGGAUUGGCUCUCGGGUCUUUCCUCUUUGAAUUUCCUCGACGUUAACUAUGUGAAUCUCAGCACAGUCUCUCAAAGUUGGUUGUCAGAGGUCAACAUGCUCCCUUCCCUACGAGAACUCUAUUUGGAGGAAUGUGAUCUUAAUUACAUCCCCUCUUCAUUUACUUCUCAUCUCAACCUCACUUCUCUCGUACUCCUUGAUCUUGGUUUCAAUGACUUCAACUCCACUAUUCCUAAUUGGUUAUGGAACCUCACCAAACUGUCAGCUCUUGAUUUUUAUGAAAGUUCUCUUUUUGGUCCCAUACCUACAAAAAUUGGGACAUUGUCUCGUCUAAGAAAACUUUACCUUGAUAGUAAUAAUUUUACCGGCUCCAUACCCACAAGCAUUGGGAAUUUGACUAGUCUGACAACACUUUCCCUUUCUGAUAUUUCACUUUCGGGUUCCAUACCUAGUGAGAUUUGGAAGCUUUCCAAUUUACAGAGUCUAGAUCUCUCUUAUAAUCUUUAG